AUGAUGACCCUCUUUGCGAUUCGAAUUCAGCCUUUGAAGCUGGUGUAUCGCUUGAUGUUCAAGUGGAGACCAGUGUUCCUCAGGAGUCGGUAUUGGGACCAGCGUUGUUUAACAUCUUUGUUGGUGACAUGGACAGUGGUGCCGACGCUGCGGACCCUGUGGCAGCGAGGCCAUCAGGUGAUAGUCUCAUACGAAGAGGACGUGGCAGUGGAGGAGCACGGUGAGCUGUGGCCCGCGAUCCCAUACUGGUGGGGAAACAAAACUGCCACUCGUGCUCUUAUCCAGUAUUUGGAGCGCAUGAAGCGGAUGGGCCGUCCAGAAAAAUUCUUUGUAGCGGGGAUUAACCUUACUGAAAAUUUAAGGUAUAUUCUCGUACAUCCAUUUGGAUCACUGAAGAAAAUGACACUCCGGAGUCUUCCAUGCUUGAAAAUCUGGAUAAAGCAGCAGUAUCCAGGACCAAAAAAAGAAUGUAUUAACAUCAUUGCUGGGGACUUCAUAGGAAAUGAUGAUUUUGUCAAAGAUGUGAUAGAACUUAACACAAAAAUUAAUCCUCUAUUACACUGUCAAAGUAAAGGAGCUGGAACAAAUAGCAUUUCAUUCUCAGCUUCUUAA